CAUUCCAUCCAAACUCAACCGAGCGCCAAGCAAAAGCAGACAACAACCUACCUACGAUCAGAAUUUUCCCCGAGCUACAAACCAAAGCAGCACCGACGAUGUCGAUCGUGAGGCGUAGCAACGCGUUCGACCCCUUCGCCGACCUCUGGGCUGACCCGUUCGACACCUUCCGCUCCAUCGUCCCGGCGUUCUCUAGCAACAGCGAGACGGCCGCCUUCGCCAAUGCUCGCGUCGACUGGAAGGAGACCCCGGAGGCGCACGUCUUCAAGGCCGACCUUCCCGGCGUGAAGAAGGAGGAGGUCAAGGUGGAGGUGGAGGACGGCAACGUGCUCGUUGUCAGCGGCGAGCGCACUAAGGAGGAGGAGGACAAGAACGACAAGUGGCACCGUGUGGAGCGUAGCAGCGGCAAGUUCGUGCGGCGCUUCCGCUUGCCGGAGGACGCCAAGGUGGAGGAGGUGAAGGCCGGCCUGGAGAACGGUGUGCUCACUGUCACCGUGCCCAAGGCCGAGGUCAAGAAGCCUGAGGUGAAGGCCAUCGAGAUCUCCGGCUGAAUGCAUGCGCCUCGACGUAUACUCUGGUUGGAGCGAGUUUGGUUGAUGUGUGCGAGUUCUGCAACCUGAAACUAUGCUACAGUUGUGUCGUUGUUCUUGCCGAGUCUAGAGAGAAAUCUCUGUAUUGUGUUUCUUUCCCCAGUCGUUUCGGUACUUAUGUAAUCGCCAACAGGUGAAUAAUAAAUGAGAAAUAAAGUGUGCUGAUUUUGGGUGCA